AUGACAAAUCCCGAUACGUUUCUCAGCGACUACCACCCAUCGCAAACAUCACUCAAACCAUCCCAUACCAACAAUUCGCCCAAGGAAAGGAAAUGUCCCUAUUGUCCCAGAGAAUUUGUCAAGGCUGAUCAUUACCAUCGUCAUAUCCGAUCACAUACCAAGGAGAAGCCUUUUCGCUGCAAUAUUUGUCGAAAGGCCUAUCCACGCCAUGAUACUCUUCUGCGCCAUUCAAGGAUUCACAAAAGCAAUACAGAUGGCAACCGUAAGGACAACAAGCCAACUACGACCAAUGUCAUCCACGCGCCUGAUCAGGGUAAUUCGCCAUCCGAUGCUUCGUCCACUACAGGCUCGUCUCGGUGCCUCGAAACGACAACAACCAUCAGAGCCGCCGAAGAUGCACACAGAUCGAGUUCGCGUUUGACAAGCGGCUCGGUCAGGCCAGGAGUCCACGAGAUCCUCCUAGACGAGUCUAGUGCUUCUCUCCAAUCAUUUUUCCCGACGCCUUCGCGCGAAGACGUAUCUUCCCAAUCCUUGAGCGUAUUGGUCGACAUAGGAACCGACUCUUAUACGUCUAAUGUCCCCAAUCAAUCAGAGCCCGCCAUAGGCAUGUUGACUGGCACUACAGGAGGCGAAGCGGAUACAGUGUAUCUGUCACAGGGUGGUGAAUUCGACAUUAACGACUCCCAAACUAGAGCAGCAGCUUUCAUGGAUAAUCUCACGGGGCUUGAUUCUGCAAACUGGCUUCUAGAGGACAAUUUCGACCUCGCCAUUUUUGAUCGCAUGAAUCCGUGGGCGACGCUUAGUACGAACCAAUCCGUUCACGACCAUUCUCGAAGUCUGACGUCGUACCGUCAACUGACCGAAAAACCUGGUACAGCACCUCAGAUCCUUGAUCUGAGGCACGUCUGGUAUAUCCAAGUCAGGAAUGCAGACAAUGAUUUCGGCGCUGGCUCUGGUAGUGUUACUCCGAGACAGAGAGACUCCGCAUACGGCGAUGACAUCGAUGAAUCUUAUCGCGCCAACAUGGCUCGAGAUCUUCGGCCGCCUUUUCGAGAUGAACCACUUCCAUCAAUCGACUUUAUGAAUUUAUGUAUCCACUUGUUCUUCACUCGAUUCAAUGUCACAUUACCCCUUAUACACGCCCCGACCUUUCGACCGACGGCACACAAUGCAUUGUUGGUACUGUCCAUGUGUUCGAUUGCCACAUUCUCUUUGGGUUCGGAAGUGGCCACGAAGGCGGGCUCUAUGCUUUUCGAACGAGUCAACAAAGCCAUUCUUGGUGCCCCAUGGGAAAGAUUCCUUACAAGAAGCUCGGACAACACCUGGAAUUCGACAAAAGCCUCGAUAAUUGGGCAAACAUUUGCGCUUCUCUCUGGGGACCCUGCUCAUCGUGCCACCGCCGCUGCAUUUCAUGGUUCCUUAAUAUCGAUUGCUCGCCACUCCAACCUCUUCGGUGAAACGGCCCCUUUCCGUCUUGCUGAUAACUUGUCUCCGGACGAAUUGGCUAGAACUUGGAAGAGAUGGGCUAGAAAAGAAGAGUUGAAAAGGCUUGCUCUCAUCCUUUACGUUCAUGAUGCUGAAAUAGCAGCCCUGUUUCAUCAUGAACCAGUUUUCCGUCACAACACAACAAGCCUACCCACAGCCUGUUCUUCAGAACUAUUCUCGGCCCCCUCAGCUGCUGCAUGGGCGAUGAUAUUCAGAGCUGAACAACGAGAGAGACAGAUUCAUCGAAGGGAGUCUCGUUCUCACACCCAAAAUCCUUUCAGCAUGUGCCCAUGGGGCCUUUCGACGGCAACUCAACAGUCUGAAUUAUCAUUUCACAAGGAUUUACGGGAGCUCAGUAUGCUCAACGUAUACACUACGCUCUCCGGCAUCGGCGCGUCAAUUUGCGAAUGUCGACAUUUGGAUUUUCUCUCGUUCAAUAUGAUCAGCAAAUUUGAAUCCGAUCUCCUCACUUGGUACACCUCUGUCUCGGACUCCUACAGAAAGCUGGGUGAUCAUUCAGCACAGUCUGACCCCCCAUUCAGUUUGUUACCUUUAUGGCACUAUACAUUCAUGACGCUAACAACGGAUCUUCGCACCCUGGAAUUAGCUGUGGGAAAAGAAGGAAGUGAGGUCGCCUCUUCUACGCGGGAAUACGUUUUAUCUUGGAUCUCGUCCGUGGAUUCAAAAAGAUGUCUUCUAAAUGCGCUAUUUCUGCAGAAUUUGAUUGUGUCAACCACCAUGGGCUCGUUUGUUGCAAUCCACACUCCCCGGAUUUUAUUCUCUGCGGCACUUUGCUGGUAUUGCUACAUGUUGUACCUACCUCAGAGCCCGUCGGCGGGCGACGUUUGGACAUCAUCUCUUCCAGAUCAGAUGGAAUCCUUUCAGUCUUUUCCGGAGGUGCAAUUGUCGCGCGAGAGCAAUCCGAUAUCAAAUAUCUACAGCGAGACCAUACCUUGCUUUAGGAAAAUCCUUGACGCAAACCCGGCUGAAAUGAAAGCAAACACUACCUGUGUUCUGGAGUCUAUCCUUCGGAGGCUAGGGACAAACGGCAUCUCGAGGAGAUUCGCAGAUAUCAUUCAAAUUUUUGUAUAUGGAGAGCCGGACAAGGAAAACAUGGAUGACAUAGUGUCUCGCCAUGAUUUUCAGUUGACUAUGUCCUCAUGA